AAAACAUUUUCACGUAUUAUAACCUUAAAGCAGUCUAAAAACCACGGUCUUCUACUCUCUUUGCUAAAAACGAAGUAUAAGCAAGCAUGAGUGUGAGGUUAUAUACACAAGAAAUAUGAAGAGAUCAAAACGAAACGAAGAGGAGGACGAGGAACGCUAUCGCAAGCGGAGAGAUCACAAACGCGAUGACAAUCGUAGAGAAUCUAGAUAUAACGAUGACUACAGCAGUUCCAGGCGCGAUGAUCACAGGAGUUCCAGACGGGACGGUAAUCAUCGAAGUUCUAGACGUGAUGAUGAUCACCGACGUACCAGACGCGAUGAUCACAAAAACCUUAGGUACGAUGACGAUCAUAAGGAUAAUGGCCAAAGGGGCAGGAAGCAAGAUUUGCCGGAAGAAGAGGUAGGAAGCAGAUAUUAUGGAGAACCGGAUAAAACGCAAGAGAAUUUAGAGGAGGUCCGACAGAAGCGUACGGUGGAUCUUUUGACUUCAAAGACAGGAGGUGCAUAUAUUCCACCUGCCAAAUUGCGUAUGCUCCAAGCAGAGAUAACUGAUAAGUCUGGAGCAGCUUAUCAACGCAUCGCAUGGGAAGCACUAAAGAAGUCUAUUCAUGGAUAUAUCAAUAAGAUUAACACUAGUAAUAUAGGAAUUAUAACGAGGGAAUUGUUGCGCGAGAACAUUGUUCGUGGCAGAGGUUUGUUAGCACGGUCUAUUAUUCAAGCACAAGCCGCUUCUCCAACAUUCACUCCAGUUUAUGCAGCACUGACAGCUAUAAUCAAUUCCAAGUUCCCUAAUAUAGGUGAAUUGGUACUCACGCGUCUCGUUUUGCAAUUUAAACGUGGGUUUAAAAGAAAUGAUAAACCUUUGUGUAUAUCCUCAGGUACAUUUAUAGCACACUUGGUUAAUCAACGUGUAGCCUAUGAGAUUAUCGCUUUGGAAAUUUUAACUCUGUUAUUAGAAACACCAACAGAUGAUUCUGUUGAAGUAGCUAUAGCAUUCUUAAAGGAAUGUGGCAUGAAGCUGACAGAGGUUUCACGAAGAGGUGUGGAAGCCAUCUUUGAGAUGUUGAGAAACAUAUUGCACGAAGGACAAUUGGAUAAACGAGUCCAAUAUAUGAUAGAAGUUAUGUUUCAAAUUAGAAAGGAUGGAUUUAAGGAUCAUGAAGCUGUUCCUCAAGAAUUGGACCUCGUGGAAGAGGAAGAUCAAAUCACUCAUUUGAUAAGAUUAGAUGAUGAGAUGGAUAUGCAAGAUAUAUUAAAUGUGUUCAAGUUUGACGCAACCUAUCUUGAAAGUGAGGAGAAGUAUAAGCAAUUAUGUAAAGAGAUUCUUGGUUCGGACGUCAGUGAUUCGGAGGACAAUGACGAGAAUGAAGAAGAGGAGAGUUCGGACGAGGAUAGCAGUGCGGAACAAGCUGAAGGAAAGAAAGAUGUAAUAUUUGACAACACGGAAACUAAUCUGACUGCGCUUCGUCGAACAAUAUAUUUGACGAUACAUUCCUCGCUCGACUUCGAAGAAUGUGCACACAAGUUGAUGAAAAUGCAACUGAAACCUGGACAGGAGAUUGAACUAUGUCACAUGUUCUUGGACUGCUGCGCCGAGAUGCGAACGUACGAGAAGUUCUUUGGACUCUUAGCCGGUCGGUUUUGCGCCAUCAAUAAGAUGUACGUGACACCGUUUGAACAAAUCUUUAAAGAUUCCUAUCACACGAUACAUCGCCUCGAUACUAACAAAUUGCGGAACGUAUCGAAAUUUUUUGCCCAUCUACUAUUCACGGAUUCCAUCUCCUGGAGCGUACUGUCGUGUAUAAAAUUGAACGAGGAAGACACCACUAGUUCCAACAGAAUAUUUAUUAAGAUUCUGUUUCAAGAACUCUCAGAGUACAUGGGUCUAGUGAAACUGAACGAACGAGUCAAAGAUCCGACACUGCAAGAAGUAUUCGAAGGAUUAUUUCCCAGAGAUGAUCCAAAAAAUACACGUUUUGCAAUCAACUUUUUUACUUCUAUUGGUUUAGGUGGUUUGACAGAUGACUUAAGAGAACACUUAAAGUCCCGAUCGAAGCCAACUGCCGUACCAGCAUUAAAUACUCAAGAGGAUGAACUCUCCAGUUCCGAUGAAUCUACUUCAUCGUCUAGUUCUGCUUUGUCUAUUUCUACAACAACGGAUUCUUCCUCAUCAUCGUCAGAGGAUGAAAUUUCGGCAAGAAAGAAAAGUAAACAAAAGGGAAAGAAAUCUAAAUCAAAGGACAAAAAGGAGGAGAAACAUAAAAAAAUGCAAAAGAAAAAAAAGAAAAGUAAGACGGCAAAAAAAGAUAAAAUAAAAUAAUUAUUAAAAAUAAUA